UUAUGAUGCUUACGAUUUUGUAAGCAAUUGUUAUUAUUUCGUAGUCUAUGAUCAUUUUCCUAACCUAAUAUUUAUAUUGUUUUGUUUUGUGUGUGAAAUCUAUAUUAUCUCAAGCCUUAAUAAAAUGAACGGAAUUCUGGAUAGAAGUAAAUACGAAUAUGGGCAUCAAGGUAGAAGGUGGCAAAGAGAAGAUGUUCUCCGAAAAACUGGAAUAUCUGUUGGAAAAGUCGAUGUUAUGUAUUACAACAGAACUAUCAGAAACGACGCUUCCUUAGUACCCCCAAUUCGACAAACUGCAUCGAUUUUCAAACAACCUGUGACGAUACACAAAACGCAAGAAAGUAAAGUAAAAUCUGAUUUCAAAACUGGCAACCAGGAAAAGCCAAAACAGCUCAUGUGGGAAAAGAGGCUUGAAGGAAUGAGAGCUUGUGAUCUAGAUGGUGCUGAGUUUGUUAGCAUGGAUUUACUCAAAGGUUUAAAACCCGUUGGUCCUAAUGUUUCAGAGGAAACUAUGAUACAAAGUGUUGCUACAGCCUUGCAUGUUUCAUCACAACCUGUAACAGGACAAAGCGGCCCCAAAGUUCUUCUUGAGAAAGAUCCUGGUGCAUAUAUAGAUCCCAAACAACCCCUCGUACAAGCAGUGAGUAUUACAGAUGAAGACAUAAAAAAACAGGAGGAGAAAGUUCUGGAGGCUAGGAAAAAGUUACAGGAAGCCCUGAAAAUGUGAAAUUGGCUUUUUCUCCCCCUUUGUACAUACAUACAUAUAUUUAUUAAUGGAUAAUUGUUGUAAAUUUGUCAGUGAUAGGUUCUCAUUCAAUAAAACUACUCGUAUAAUAUCA